AUGCUUUCAGCAGCGGCGGACGCCCCGAGCGGUGGUGGCCGUAGCGGUGGUGGUGGUGGUGUUGCCGGCGAGCGGGAGCGCCGUAGCUUUAGUGCUAGUGAUGCCGCCGCUGCGGCCCACGAUGCUCGGGACACCGGGCCGGAGACCGGCGGGCGAAAACGCGUCGACGCCGCUCCGCCGGCCGCGGCGCCGCCGCUAGGGCCUGCUCGUCCGUCGUUCCCUGCCGGGGCAGAGCACGAGCACGCGGUUCCUGUCGCGACUCCCACUCGCCGUCACCACAGGCACGGCUUUUCCGGCAAGGACUCGCCCCCCCGCCCGGUCCCCGCGGCGGAGGGGGUGACGAGUAAUUCACGGGACUCCCGCGAGGUGGCGUCCGCCGGACCAGCAGCAGGCUAUGGCGGCAGGGGGGAGUCCGUCCCCAGUCCGAGCGUUUCUCCGGCCCACACUCCCGCCACCCCGCAGAGGCAACCGACGGAUCAACGCCAUCAGGCUGCUUGGCACAGCAGUGCUGGCGUGUCUACGCCGCCGUCCGCGGCGUACUUCACCGGCAGGCUGGGCGACCACGCGUCGGGGGUCGGGGUCGGCGGGAAUACCGGCGGAAGCCCCAGCCGCAGCGGCGGCGCUUGCUCACCGGCACUGGACUCGCAGUCUUCCUCGUCCGGCGGCGGCGGCGGCGCUUCUAUGCGCGGUGCCGGGGGGGGUGGGGGAGGGGGGGCGGGGGGGCGUACGUCCCCGGCACGCGCACCGCACGUCACUACUCUCGCCGGUCCUAUGGGUCCUGCCGGCGUUCAGCCCCCCUUGCAGCCGUCGCCGCCACCCUCGUCGUUUGAUGGAGGCGCUCAACAGCAGCCGCCGUCGUUGUCGGCAACAGGGAGUUCACACGGAGCAGGAGGUGGAAGCGGGGGCCCCGCGGUGGGGGACCUGGGCGCAGCGCCGGUGCUCCUCAAGCCCAGCUUCCGGGGCAGCGACAGCCUCCUCACGAUCCCCGAAGACUCCACCGGCUUCGUCCUCGUCACGCGCCCUUCGUCCGUUUCUUGCGAGCACGGGUCGCACUGCGAGUGCUGGGCCUGGUCUGCCAAUGCCGGAGGCUGCGCCGCCGCCGUCAUGUCGCCGUCGGCCUCCUACCUCGCGACGGCCAGCAACCCGUACGGGGGUCCCGGAAAAGAAGCUGCCGGUGGCGGCGGCGGCGGCGGCGGUGGCGGUGAUCGCGGCGGGCGGCGGUCUGGUGGCGGCGCGUUUCUUGGGAGCAUUUGGAACACCGCCGUCAACACCUUCCGCGGCGUUGCUGGCGGCCACGGGAGGCGGGCCUCCUGGUCGGCCGUGCGCGGGAGAGGCGGCCAGCAGCACAGGGCUAGCGUUUCGCCUCCGACAGCUGCUGUGUCUCCGGCGCACGUCCGCGGGGCCUCUUCGCCUCGCGAGCGGCAGCAGCAGCAGCACCUGUCACCGCACUCCAACGCUCGCAAGGGGGUGCGCGUGAGCGGGAGUCCCCUAAGGAGCCCGUGCAGCGGCAGGAGCAGCAGCGAUAGCAGGGAAAGGAACAACG